AUGAUCCAAAGGGAUGCAGUGAGUGCCGAAUGGCCGCCACUGCAGUUUCGUAUUUACGCAUCCGUAAAUUCUCGUGCCAAAGAGAAUUAUGGAAAAGUCAUUCAUCAGAUCGCAUUUCUGGAUAUCGAUGAAGUCAUGGAAAGGGAGGUAUAUGUGGAUCUCCCAGAACAUACACGUAACAAUGGCUCAUUAUAUUUGCACUGCUUCUUGCUACCUGCAGAGCAUAAGCAUCAGGAUCCUUACCAGGCAUCUUGGCAAAUAAUACAAACAGUUCGUAUAACAACAUACCAAAUUCCCCAAGCAGAGACAUUUCGAUUGAUUACAGAAGCUGAAGAAAAACAAAAGAGGGGUAAAGAAGCCAGUAGAUCUAUAGAUCAGUUACGUGAAGAAGGAACACCAGUCACACAUUUUCGCAGCAAACUACCACUAACAAUUGUUGCUGAAUCACCUAAAUUUGAUUUAUAUGCUCUUCCUAGUGAAAUCUAUCAGCAUAUGCAAUUUUUCCACAAAGAAGGUCAGACAUAUUAUUGGCCAAUAUUUUAUAUCGAUGAGUUGAGUUUUCUUACCAAGGAUCUGAUACAGAUAGAACCUGAACAAAAAAGCGUCAAGAUGAAGAUCCAGUACCGACCAAUAUCCAUUGGUAAAUUGCGCUUACUGAUUACCGCUCAAGCGUCUCUUAGUCAACUGAAGCGAAUGGGUUUUAGCAACAAGGAUGUUGACGAGGUGAAGGGAAUAUUUGUGGACACGAAUUUUUACUUUUUGGCUGUGACAAUGUUUGUUGCUACUCUGCACAUGUUAUUUGAUGUCCUCGCGUUUAAAAAUGACAUAGCGUUUUGGCGAAAUCGUAAAAGUAUGGCUGGUCUGUCGACAAGAACUGUGUUAUGGCGUUCAUUCAGUCAAUCAGUGAUAUUUAUAUAUCUUCUUGAUGAAGAAACGAGCCUUCUGGUAACGAUUCCAACUGCUAUUGGCUGCAUUAUCGAAUACUGGAAAGUAACUAAGUCUGCCAAAAUUUCAAUUUAUUGGUCAAAAGGCAUACCACAUUUCCGAUUUGGAACUUCCACUGCAGCAGAAAUAGAAACUGAAUUAUUCGAUUCAGAAGCAAUGAAAUAUCUCACUUUUCUACUUACACCACUUUGCAUAGGCGGCGCCAUUUAUAGCUUGGCAUAUGUUCCACAUAAGUCAUGGUAUAGUUGGAUAGUUCAGUGCAUGGCUAACGGUGUAUAUGCAUUCGGAUUUUUAUUUAUGCUACCGCAGUUGUUUGUUAAUUAUCGUAUGAAAUCAGUUGCUCAUCUCCCAUGGAGAACUUUUAUGUAUAAGGCAUUUAAUACUUUCAUAGACGAUAUGUUUGCAUUUAUUAUCACAAUGCCGACAUCUCAUCGCCUUGCUUGUUUCCGAGAUGAUGUGGUUUUUAUCAUUUAUCUCUACCAACGUUAUCUUUAUCCGGUGGACAAAUCACGCAUUAACGAAUUUGGUGAAAGUUUCCAGGAUACUGAAAUCCAAAAUGUUCAGCAAGUUGGAUCUCCAGCAUUAGUACCAUCCUCACAAUCUAAAUCGAAAGCGAGAAAGAAAGCUGACUGAAGAAC